AUGCUUCGUGAUGGACUGCUAUUCUUAGGGAUUGAUGAAAUUACUGCUGAUGGAAUUCUGGAAAUAUUAGGUGAAUCUACGACAAAGUUUGUUAUACCUAAUGGUAAAUCUGAAUGUUUCAAUGUGAAAGAUGGAUUGAAACAAGGCGACACCUUCUCUCCCCUUGCAUUCAAAAUUGCGCUUGAGCCUCUCUUACAAUUUUUAGAAAUAACAUAUAAUGGUGCUAGUGUUGCAAAUUAUUGGAACAUUAGUACAGGCGCAUGGAUUGAUGAUUUGAACUCAUUUUCCAACGAACUACCUGAAAUUGAAAAUUCUUUGCAUGACAUUGAAACCUAUCUUCAUGGCUAUCACAUGGAAUUAGAUCAUUCCAAAACUAACCUCUUCUCUGAUAAGGAAUGUAGUAUCAAGACAUUAUCUGGAAGUACGAUCAAAAGUAAUGAUUCUAUUAUUAUACUUGGUAAUAAUAUUACCAAUAAUACUGAGGAACAAAAGAAAUACACUACUUCAAUUAUUGAAGAAGUUAAAAGAAGAACUAACUCUAUUGGCUGGAAUUUUCCAAUACAGAACAUUGUCAAAAUUAUCAACACAGACAUUGUUCCGUAUGCACUGUACCACCUAAUUCCUCUUGCUAAUGACCAUCUAGAGAAACAAAUUGAUAAAUUCUUUCGCAACUUUAUAUGUGAAAGAUUAAGAACCAAGAGAAAAUUAGCUCUCGAGUGGUUUUAUACUCAUCAAGACAAAGGUGGACUUGGAUUAAUUUCUGUUCAAGAAAUGAGUUACUCGGACCUAAUGUGUAAAGUCAGAAAGUUCCUUGAACAAUAUGAUAUUUGUCUUGGAUCUUCUACAAGAUUCCUUUGUGAACGAAUCAAACAGGAGCAUGGUUUUGACAUCCUCAAUGAUCCAAUCCCUACUUGGUAUAAACCAGACCCAUGGAUUCCUCAAUAUCUCAAGAGAAUAAUUUUCAUGAACAAAUCUUCCAAUAUUAGAUUGUGGCAUUCGAGUGACCAAUGGCAUGAAAAAACUCUCAUCCCUUAUGGAAAAUUCCCUAAAGGUUUAAGACAAUUCCUGCUCUAUAAAGAUUGGAACAGAUUAAGUAUGUGGGUUCCUGACCCUAAAAAUUUACAAGUGAAAUUACAUAAUGACAUCAAACAUUCCAAUCAUGUCACCCAAAUUCGCAACAUUCUCAAUAGCAUGGAUUUUGGAAAAAUCAAAGACGAAAGCAAAUACUACAAAUAUGUUGGUAACAACACAUCCAUGUCAAACCUCUUGAACAAAGCUACACUAAUUGGUACUGACGGAUCGUGUAACAAUAAUAUUGCUGGAUACGGUAUCGUAACUGAUCAGAAUGUUUCCAUCUCAAGUCACACCUUAGGACAAGGAACUUCCUACAACAGUGAAGUUCAAGCGCUCCACACAGUUGUUAGAUUGCUAGAUAACAACACUCCUAGAACAAUAGUCAUAGAUGCGAAAAGUAUUUAUGACCAACUUUUCCAAUUCAGAAAAUCUAGAGAUCCUUAUGUUGAAGAAAUUCGUAAUUAUUUAAAAAUGAAGGAUCAGAUCAAAAUUAUGCAUGUUAAUAGUCAUACAGGUAAACAAGAUAUCUAUAGCCGCAUAAAUGAAUUAGCAGAUAGGGCUGCUAAGAAAGGUGCUGAUUGUAACAAUAUUCUUACUAAUAUUCCAUCCAAUAAUUGGUAUAUUAUUAUCAACAAUGUAUUAUACACUCAAAACACUAGACAAACAAUGUACAAACUUCUAUUUCAACGCCUCCACAAAAGAACAUAUACGCCAAAGAACCUUCCUCCCAAGAACAGAAAGUUCACCAACAUUUACCCCUCAAUAGGAAUCGGUUUCAAAACCUUAAAUCUAAUAUUUAAAAUUAGAAUGAACGUGAUGAAGACUUUGGAAAAUUUAAACAAGAUAUCCAAGACGAACUUGCUAUGUCCUUGCUGUAGUAGAGAGACAAUGCAACACAUUAUUUUUGAAUGUAAAUACUAUAGUGAUAUAAGAAAAGAAAUGUUUAGGAAUUUAUAUAAUAUCUCAAUAUAUGCAAAGAAUAACAAGAAAUUCUCCAAACGACUAUUGUACCUCAUCAAGACUAAACAAGAUAUCCAUAGCCUAACAGGUGCUAAAGUUGGAUUGGGUAAGAAAUGGGACAAAGUAUUUACUAAGGAAGCUUAUCGAUCUAUUACUAAAAUGUGGAUGAAACGAAAUCAUUUUUUCAUGGAAGAAUUGAAACUCACCUGGAAUGAAUUUGAACAACAAUACGAUUUUAAUCCUAAUUUCAUUGAUUUGAACAAGUUUAAACUAUACAUGAAAUACCCACGACCAUGA